AGAGAGAGAGAGAGAGAGAUGAAGUACAAUCAAGUGAGAUUGAACUGUGGUGCAACCAUACCCACUAUGGGUUUUGGCACUUAUUCCUCUCAAAAUGAUAGAGAGGAAACCAAACAGGCGGUUCACACUGCUCUUAAGAUGGGUUACAGGCAUUUUGAUACAGCAAAAAUAUAUGGGUCUGAGGCAGCUGUGGGAGAAGCAUUAAGAGAAGCAAUUUUUGAAGAUCAGAUGAUUGAGAGAGAAGACAUCUUUCUCACUUCCAAACUGUGGGGAAGUGAUCACCAUGACUCUGUCUCAGCACUCAAGCAAACUUUACAGAGGUUGGGAAUGGAAUAUGUGGACAUGUACCUGGUGCACUGGCCUGUGAAGUUGAAGCCUUGGGCUAAUAAUGCUGUGCCCAAAGAAGAUGAGUUUGAAAGACUACUUGACUUGGAAACCACUUGGGCUGGAAUGGAGAGAUGCUUAGAUAUGGGGAUGUGUAGGUGUAUUGGUGUCAGCAAUUUCUCUACCAACAAGAUCCAAAGCCUCUUAGAUUUUGCUUCUGUCGCUCCUGCUCUCAAUCAAGUUGCCCUAAGGUGGGGAUUAUCGAAGGGAGCAAGUGUGAUCGUGAAGAGCUUUAACGAAGAGAGGAUGAAGGAGAACAUGGGGGCCCUUGAUCUGAGAUUGGACGAUCACGAUUUACUCAAUAUUGAAAAGAUGGAGGAGAGGAAGAUUAUGAGAGGGGAGUUCCUUGUUAAUCAAACAACAAGCCCUUACAAGACCAUUCAAGAUCUUUGGGAUGGUGAGAUUUGAGGGAAUUUUACUUUAAUGUCAAAGAUUAAUAUUUGAAUGUCAUGAUUUAUGUAUACUACGUUUUUACAUGUGUUAUAUUAGAAAAGGGCAAUGCAGUUCUUGAAAUCUUUUUGUAGAGGGUGAGUUGCAAAACAGUGUGUGAGCUAGUGUGUCAUAUUGCUCUAGUACAAAUGUCUAAAAUGACAAAAUAAAUAAAUAAAUAAAUAAUUCCUUGCACUAAAAACUACACAAAAAAUCAAUGUGAGGAUCACUCAUUCAGAGUGUCAGAGUGUAAGUGGAUACACAUUAACUUCAUGUAACAUUAUCGCCAUGGCUUGGGAUCACUUUAUGUAACCAUCCUCUAUCAUAUAUUUUUAACCAUUAAUAUGAUGUGGCAAUAUAAAAAUAGCAUGAAAUAGAGCUCAUCAAGUGCAUUCAAUUCAAGUUGUAAAUGAAUCCCCAAAAUAAUAAUAAUAAUAAUAAAUAAUAAACAAUAAAUAAUCAAGUUGUAAAUGGUCUUGGAAAAAAGGUUGAUUAAGAUAUCACACUUUAUCCUGACGGCUGUGUCUUUUGUUAUUUGUAAUUCUUGUUAGAUUGUUUAUUUAACCCUGAGUUUUUUUUUUUUUCUUUUUUUCUGAUCUGUAUAUUUACUUUUAUUUUGAUAUAAUUGCUUUAUAUCUUUCUCCGAAAAAACAAAAUUACACUUGAAUCAAUUUUUUUUUUUUUUCCCCUGAAUUACCAAUUUGAACAAUUACCCCUAUACCAUUGACAUUAGUUCAUUUUAUCCCAAUUGUAAUGCAAUUAAUAUUUUCAGUGAAAUAUUAUAAAUGUUGGUAUAUGUAAUUAAUUGAGGGUAUUGACUCACUUUACUCCAUAAUGAGGCGGCAAGUUAGAUACCCCACAACAAUAAUUUUAAAAUUAUUCAAUAAAACAAAAAUACAACAAAUUGGAACAAA